AUGCCUUGUGCAUCACAAUCAGACGAGCUGGUUUUCUUCGUGAACAGGAGGAAGGUGAUAGAGAGGAAUGUGGACCCAGAAGGGACUCUGCUGACCUUCCUACGAAAGAACUGGACCCUUUUGUCAAAGUCCUGGCUGUUACGUCUCACAGGAACCAAGUACGCCUGCGGAAGAGGAGGCUGUGGCGCCUGCACCGUGAUGGCGUCCAAGCAUGACCCCGUGUCCAGGAGGAUAAGACACUUCUCUGUCACCGCAUGCCUGAUGCCCAUCUGCUCUCUGUAUGGAGUUGCUGUCACCACCGUGGAAGGUGUUGGAAGCAUCAAAACCAGGCUUCACCCUGUACAGGAGCGGAUCGCCAAGAGCCACGGCACCCAAUGUGGAUUCUGCACCCCUGAAAUGGUGAUGUCCAUGUACGCGCUGCUCAGGAACCACCCGCAGCCCUCGGAGGAGCAGCUCAUGGAAGCCCUGGGGGGUAAUCUAUGCCGCUGCACUGGGUAUUGGCCAAUACUUGAGCGUGGAAGGACUUUCUGCAUGGAGUCAAAUAGCUGUCAACAUAAGGGAACGGGAAAAUGCUGCUUGGAUUGGGGAGAAAAUGACUCUUCCCCACUUGGCAAGAAAAAUGAAAUUUGCACGAAGUUAUUUGCGAAAGAGGAGUUUCAUUCCUUGGACCCAACCCAGGAGCUCAUAUUUCCCCCAGAACUCUUGAGGAUGGCAGAGAAUCCAGAAAAACAAACGCUGACCUUCUAUGGAGAGAGAGUUACCUGGAUCUCCCCUGGGACCCUCAAGGAUCUCCUGGAGCUGAAAGUGAAACACCCUGAAGCCCCUCUCAUUCUGGGCAACACCUCACUGGGACCUGCAAUGAAAUCUCAAGGACAUUUUCAUCCAGUUCUCCUCUCUCCUGCAAGGAUCUCUGAGCUGAGUAUGGUGACAAAAACAAGUGAUGGACUGACAAUAGGCGCUGGCUGCAGCCUGGCCCAGAUGCAGGACAUCUUGGCUGAGAGGGUAGCUGAGCUCCCAGAGGAGAAAACACAGACGUACCGAGCCCUCCUGAAGCACCUGAGGAGUCUGGCAGGCCAGCAGAUCCAGAAUAUGGCGUCCUUAGGGGGGCAUGUGAUAAGCCGGCAUUGCUAUUCGGACCUGAAUCCAAUUCUUGCUGUGGGCAAUGCUACCCUCAAUCUGAUUUCAGCAGAAGGUAUGCGGCGGAUUCCUCUAAAUGAACAUUUUCUUGCUGGGUUGGCAAGUGCAGACCUUAAGCCAGAGGAAAUUUUGGAAUCUGUGCAUAUCCCGCACUCUCAAAAGUGGGAAUUUGUGUCAGCCUUCCGACAGGCUCAAUGCCAGCAAAACGCCUUGCCCCACAUGAAUGCCGGCAUGCGAGUCCUUCUCAAAGAAGGCACAGACAGCAUUGAGGACCUGAGCAUCGCCUAUGGAGGGGUGGGGGCUGCCACCAUCAGUGCACACAGAUCCUGCCAGCAGCUCCUUGGGAGGUGCUGGAAUGAGCUGAUGCUGGAUGAGGCUUGCAGGCUGCUUCUGGAUGAAGUCUCGCUCCCAGGCUCAGCCCCGGGUGGCCGGGUGGAAUUCAAGAGGACCCUAGUCGUCAGCUUCCUCUUCAAAUUCUACCUAGAGGUUCUGCAGGAACUGAAGAAGCUGGUGAAGCUAGUCUCUGUGCCUGACAGCCGUCAUCAUUCUGAAAUUUCAGACCAAUUCCUAAGUGCUCUCGAAGAUUUCCCAGUCACAAUACCCCAGGGAGUCCAAACGUACCAGAGUGUGGAUCCUCACCAGCCUCUCCAAGACCCAGUUGGACGCCCUAUCAUGCACCUGUCAGCUCUUAAACAUGCCACUGGGGAAGCCAUGUUUUGUGAUGACAUUCCCAUGGUGGAUAAAGAACUUUUCAUGGCUUUGGUGACCAGUAGCAGGGCUCAUGCAAAAAUCAUAUCAAUUGAUGUGUCCAAGGCCCUUGAACUACCCGAAGUGGUUGAUGUGAUAACAGCUGAAGACAUUCCAGGCACCAAUGGCGCUGAAGGUGACAAAUUGCUGGCUGUAGAUAAGGUAGUCUAUGUGGGCCAGAUCAUCUGUGCUGUGGUUGCAGAAACAGACGUACAGGCAAAACGAGCAACUGAAAAGAUAAAGCUCACCUAUGAAGAUCUGGAACCUGUAAUCUUCACCAUCAAGGAUGCCAUAAAACACAAUUCAUUCCUGUGCUGUGAAAGAAAACUUGAACAAGGAAACGUUGAGGAGGCCUUUGAAAAAGCCGACCAAAUCGUUGAAGGAGAGGUCCAUGUUGGAGGACAGGAACAUUUUUACAUGGAAACACAAAGAGUGCUUGUUAUUCCAAAGACAGAGGACAAAGAACUGGACAUUUAUGUGUCCACACAGGACCCAGCCCACGUGCAGAAAACAGUGUCCUCUACUUUAAACAUCCCCAUCAACAAGAUCACCUGUCAUGUAAAACGAGUGGGUGGAGGUUUUGGAGGGAAGGUAGGAAAGCCAGCUGUAUUCGGGGCUAUUGCAGCUGUGGGUGCUAUCAAAACCGGUCAUCCCAUUCGUCUCGUCCUUGAUCGUGAAGAUGAUAUGCUAAUAACUGGAGGAAGGCAUCCAUUAUUUGGAAAAUAUAAAGUAGGAUUCAUGAACAACGGGCGGAUCAGAGCUCUAGACAUUGAGUGCUACAUUAACGGAGGAUGCACGCUGGAUGACUCUGAGCUGGUAACAGAAUUUCUAAUACUAAAGCUGGAAAAUGCAUAUAAAAUUCGCAACCUCAGGUUCCAGGGCCGUGCAUGCAUGACAAAUUUACCAUCCAAUACGGCCUUUCGUGGAUUUGGCUUCCCACAAGGAGCCAUAGUAACAGAAUCUUGCAUCACAGCUGUGGCAGCCAAAUGUGGCCUUCCACCAGAAAAGAUUAGAGAGAAAAAUGUGUACAAAACAGUUGAUAAAACCAUCUACAAACAAGCAUUCAACCCUGAGACCCUGAUAAGAUGUUGGAAUGACUGUCUGGACAAGUCUUCCUUUCACAGCAGAAGAAUGCAGGUCGAAGAGUUCAAUAAGAAGAAUUAUUGGAAGAAGAAAGGCAUUGCUAUUAUUCCCAUGAAGUUUUCAGUUGGCUUUGCUGCAACAAGCUACCAUCAGGCAGCUGCACUGGUUCAUAUCUACACAGAUGGGUCUGUGUUGGUCACACAUGGAGGCAAUGAACUGGGACAAGGUAUUCACACCAAAAUGCUACAGGUGGCCAGCCAUGAGCUAAAAAUACCCAUGUCCUAUAUGCACAUCUGUGAAAUGAGCAUAGCAACAGUGCCCAAUACAAUUGCUACGGCAGCGUCUAUCGGUGCAGAUGUUAACGGCAGAGCUGUGCAGAAUGCUUGUCAGAUCCUUCUGAAACGCCUUGAGCCCAUCAUUAAGAAACAUCCGGAAGGUAAAUGGGAAGACUGGAUAGAAGCUGCAUUUGAACAAAUAAUCAGUCUCUCAGCCACUGGAUACUUCAGGGGCUACAAGGUCUUCAUGGACUGGGAGAAGAGGGUGGGGGACCCAUUUCCUUACUAUGUCUACGGAGCUGCCUGUUCUGAGAUUGAAAUUGACUGCCUGACAGGUGCUCACAAGAAAAUCAGAACGGACAUCAUCAUGGAUGCAUGUUGCAGCCUAAAUCCGGCCAUUGAUAUUGGGCAGAUUGAAGGUUCGUUUAUUCAGGGAAUGGGGCUUUAUACCACUGAAGAACUGAAAUAUUCCCCAGAAGGUGUCCUGUACUCUCGGAGCCCAGAUGAGUACAAAAUUCCAGCCAUCACUGAUGUCCCAGAGGAGUUCAAUGUCUCCUUGCUGCAAUCGUCACAAACCCCACUAACCAUCUAUUCAUCUAAGGGCCUCGGGGAGUCUGGGAUGUUCCUGGGGUCAUCUGUGUUCUUUGCCAUUGCUGACGCUGUGGCCACAGUGCGAAGAGAAAGAGACAUAGCUGAGGACUUCACGGUGCAGAGCCCAGCAACGCCAGAAUGGGUUCGAAUGGCCUGUGCAGAUCGAUUCACAGAAAUGAUCCCAAGAGAUGACCCUGAGACAUUUAAACCUUGGUCUAUCCCUAUAGCAUAACACUGCUAUCAUUCCCUAAAAGGUGUUUCAGUUUUUCACAAGUAAAAAGAUGGCUUGUUAAUCCUAACUGGGUUCCAAACUGAUAUUCUUAUACUGUUGUAGAAAAAAAUAGACACAAAAUUUAGAAACGUUAUCCAACUUUGAUUACGUUAACCCAAUGAAUCAUUAUUUGCAAAGCAUUUCACUUAGACUUUCCAGCCUAGAGGCCACCAGAAAAGCACUGCUGUAUCCACAGUAAGCAAGUUUAGUGCUGAUUUGUUUCUGAAAAGAUCACGUAAAUGUUGCUGUAAAAGCAAACUUUUCCUUUCUGUGUCCAUCCAAUCUAAAUGGACUGGUAAUACAGGUUAUGAUUAUAGAAUGAAAGACACUUCUUGGUAGAUAAAUAUAUGAUGACUUUUCCCAGGGGUGUAUUUGAUUCAGUAGCCACAACAGAGUUCUGCAAGUUUUGUUUUGCCAUGGAUUGACCGUAAGUCUAUGUACGUGCAUUUGACAGCAAAGGAGUGGUAUUUCCCUCAUGCACAUCUACUAUUCAACUGAUUAACAUUCUUUUGGAUUUGGAGGAGGGGAAAAAGCAAUAUAAAAACAUUUUCAAUAUCUUGCCCCCAACCCCUCUGUGUUGUUGUUGCUAUUGUUGAAAAACAUCCAAUCUGGUAUCAGAGUUUAAGAAAUAUUGCAUAUUUCAGUUUCCCAUAGAUUGAAGUGAGAACAUAAAGCAAAAGAAUUAUAAAUUGUAAUUACCCCCUACAUUGUGGUUUAAAAUAUGCAAGAUCCUCUCUACCAAUAACUUUGAGAAGGAAAAACAAAAGAAAAAAAGAAA